GUCCCGUGCUGGUUCAGUGCCAGCAGAGUGGGACGGGGUGAGCCGGUGAAGGGGUCACAACCGUGUACCUCUGGAGCAGCUCCUCCAGGCUGGAGGUGACCCGGUGGGCCAUGUGAACCUGGCUGGACUGCCCACCCCAGGAGGAAGAGGAGCUGGGACCACACUGGACAAUGCCCAGAGAUCAGAUCCCUGAACUCCAGCUGGGUUCGGGGCAUGGGAUUAUGCUGCCGAGUUUUUGGGGCUGUUCGGAGGGUGGCUCCGCUCGGCUCCGCUUGGCUCGGCGCAGCCCAGCUCGGUGUGGCCGUGCCAGCGCAGUGGCUCAGCUCUGCAGGAAUGUGGAGCAGCAGGUUGUGCCCGGCCGGGCUGUCCGUGCUGGGGAGGGGUCCCCACACCGGCCACUGGUGGCUGUGCUGGGGCUGCCGUGUCCUUGUCCCUGCACCUCGCAGCUAUCUCUUCUGUGGCUUGGCUGUCUGGUACGAGGCUGAACUCCAGUGCCUGACAUGGGGACAUUUUCCAUCUUUGCCUUGCCUGGGGGACACUUUUGCACCCCCGUGCUGAACCGGGAGCCCUCCCUGUGCUGGGCACAGGUACAAGGGCAGUGAAGCUGGCCAUUGGCACAGGGGCUGGGCAGCACUGGACCCGAGGGGUUGGGCAGAGGGUGCAGAAAGCUGCCCCGGGGAGGAGGCAGGAGGAUCUAUGCCGGUGCUGGGACCGUUCCCAGCUGUCAGCACGCCUGGCCGCCCCCCUGCAGACAUUUUUCAGGUCAGGAGACAGCAUGCCCCCCCAGGCAGGGGACGGGAACGGGGUAGAGGGGCAGCCAGCCUCCCCCAUGGCCACUCGUCUGUCACAGCGUGUCGCGGGGAUGCACCGUGUGCUGUGCAGGGAUCCUGCUGGGGUCCAGAUUCUGGGGAAUCUGGCACCCGUGGGCUGCUAGGGGGUGCGGACAUGGCUCAGCCACGGUUCGGCGGGGCUGUGGGUGCCAGGGCUGGCUCCUGCCGCUGGGACAGGCGCUGGGCUGCUCCCAGGAAGUUUGUGCACGCAGGUGAGCGGGUGACGGUGGCAGCUGCCGGCUCGGGGCUGCCACGGGAGCAAGUGAGGCCACAGCACACCGGCUCCGCCCUGCCCACCACUGCACCUGCCGACGGCGCCCGAGCCCCUCGCUGCCCGUGGCGGCCGCUCACCCGUGUCCCGGUGCCGGCACGGAGGAUGCCCGUCGAGGCGCUGCAAGCCGGUGACACCAUGAAGGGGGUGACGGUGACGGCGCCUUUCACCUCGGCCAUGCCCGUCCGUAUCCUCCGCAAAGGGCCCGCGUAUUUCCGCCGGCACGCCGAGCCGGGGGCCGGCAAGCCCAGCGCAGUGGAGAGGCUGGAGGCCGACAAGGCCAAGUACGUGAAGAGCCAGAAGGUCGCCAGCACCAAGCAGGAGCCGGUGAAGCCACUGCUGCUCAAGCAGCCCCUCUUCACCCCCGGGGUGCGCCGGGCUGUGCUCACCCCCAGCCGCAGGGCACCCCCGGGGCCACGCCGCGCCGACGCUGCCAGCCCGAAGACCUCCCUUGACCUGGAGAUCCUCAACAACCUCAUCAACCUCUGUGACAGCCCCUUCCCCAAGGCGGAGAGCCCGCUGGGCAGGGAGUGCAGGUGGCGGGCGGAAGCGCCAGCGGUGGAGGGGGCUGUGAAGCCACCGGAGAGCCCGGCCGCCACCAAGCCCCCCGGCAGCGUGGCCGUGCGGAGGGUGGACGUCCGUCCCUGUGCAGCUCCGCGGAGCCCAGUGACACCGCUGCCUGCAUCCCCCAUGCCAGGUGGGCUGCCUGUGACCCCGUCCCGGAGCUCACCCGCCCGCCCGGAGAGCGCCCGCCGGCAGCCGCUGCUGCACCGCUCCAAGUCGGACCUGAGCGAUCGGCUCUCGCGGGCCACCGCCGACCUGGAGCGCUUCUUCAACUACUGCGGCCUUGACCCCGAGGAGAUGCAGGACAUGGGGGCCGAGCGCUUCGCCCGCGCCAGCUCUGACAUCGUGUCCCUCAAGUUCCACAGCGUGAGCACGGCCAGCUCGGAGGGCGGCCGCUCGCCACCCAGCGCCGCCACCCCCGAGGGGCGGCCGGCGGAGCGAGUGCCCUACGGCAUCUCCAUCAUCGAGCGCAACGCCCGCGUCAUCAAGUGGCUCUACGGGCUGCGCCAGGCCAGGGAGCCCCAGCAGGUCUCCGACGUGUAGCAGUGCCGUGCUGGGCACCUGGGAUGGGUCGCUCAUAAGUGGGCAAUGCUGGAUGGGGACAAAGCACUGGCUGUGCCCUGGGAGGAGCAGGGAGCUCUUGGUGGUGACAGGACCCUUGAACUCAGCCCUGCUGUGCCAUAGCAUCACUGGCCUGAUGUGCCAGGGAUCCAUGGUCAGACCCCUGUGCCAGCACUGGAGAACCAGGGCCCUGCGAGCUCAUGGGAAGGCAGAGGACACGUGUCCCUGGGUGUGGGGCUGGUCCUCAACACCCACAGGGCCUCAUGUGUGGCUGCCCUGCCUGUACUGCUGGCAGCUCCUGCCUGUCCUGCUCCUCACCAGCACCCUGGGUGGGGUGCAAGGGGCUGGGUCCCCCUGCAUGGAGCAGGGACACUGCACUGGUGAAACAGCUGUCCCCUUGCAGCCUCCACGGAAGGGGUCCCACUGCCUGGGGUGGUGGCCACAUCCUGGUGGUCCCAUCUUAUUGCUGAAGAAAAGCCUGGUGCUUUGAGGGGUGAGGGAGAAACCUGACCCCCUGCUUCAAGCUGCCCAGGGCUGUGUGGCUGUGUGUCUGUGUGAGUGUCUGUGGGUGCCUGUGUUCCCCUUCCUGACUGCCAGUGGGCAAGAAGUCCCCACCAUGCUGGGCCUGGUAUUUAUGAAGACAACAGUUCCUCUUUUCUACUCUUUUCCUUAUGUUUGAUCUGUAAAUAAUAACAGUAAUUUUAAUGCAGCCAGUUUUAUUAAAUGCCUGUGUUUUGGA